CGCGACCUCCUGUACUGUAGAAUGUAGUAUGGACCAUAGGACAGGACGAAGACCUCCUGUACUGUAGAAUGUAGUAUGGACCAUAGGACAGGACGAAGACCUCCUGUACUGUAGAAUGUAGUAUGGACCAUAGGACAGGACGAAGACCUCCUGUACUGUAGAAUGUAGUAUGGACCAUAGGACAGGACGUUAAGAAGCUGUGGAGGCCUAAGAUGCUCUACUAGUCUGCUGGAAAUCGAAGGAAGAACGAUGACAAAGCAAAAUGGCGUUUGACGGAAAAGGCCUAAACGUGGCCAUUAUUGUUUCUCUAUUUGUAUUUAGUGCAUACAUGUACGCAUAUAUGUCGUGUAAUAGAUGAAACAUUGUUAGUCAUUGUUUGUAUCCGGAUACAUUAGUCUGAGCGCACUUUAUCAAGUCUUGUGCUAGCUUAGCUUAGCGUGCUAGUUAGCUUAGCUUGUUAGCUGCUAACAAAGAGACGCGGACGUUAUCAACACAUCGCUAAGUAGAGAUCAAAUGUGAGUGUAAAGUGUUGUGAUUGUGUGAAAAUGUGCGAAAGGACGAUAGCAAAGUAUGAGGAGGAACUUUGUCCAACAAAAGAGGAGAAGGAGCGACAACAUCAACUACUGGACGCUGUUUUCAAGAAACAUCAAGUUGUGUUACACAGAACAGACGUCCAGGAGCCCCCCCACAUUAAAGAGGAAGAGGAAGAAGUGUGGAUCACUCAGGAGGAAGAGUGUCUUUUAGGGCAGGAGGAGGCUGAUCUCAGCAAGUUUCCACUGACUGUUGUCCCUGUGAAGACUGAAGAGCAUGAAGACAAACCACCUGAGUUCUCACAGCUUCAUCACAGUCCAAACCUUGAUGAAGAAACUCUACCUCGUGAGCAAAAGGAGGAACCACAUUCCCCCCACAUUAAAGAGGAAGACGGGAUGCCACGGACCCAUAGUUUUAAACUGACCCUUCACAAGAAAGGGCAAGCGGAGGACCCACUGAUCUUAUGCAUCAAAAAUGAAGAGGAGGACCCACUGACCCCUCACUUUAAGGAGCAAGAGAACACACUGACCCCUCACAUUAAAGAGGACGAGGAGGACCCACUGACCCCCUACUUUAAAGAGGAAGAGGAGGACCAAGAGCCGCCGCACAUAAAAGAGGAAGAGGAGGAACACAGCAUCAGUCAGCCUAAAUGGUUGGUGGAGUUCCCAGUGACUGGUGUCCCUGUGAAGAGUGAAGAUGAUGAGGUCAAAGGUGAAAGUGAGGAGAAGAGCAGCAGCUCAACACAACACAUGACAACAGAAGCUGAUGGAGACCACUGUGGAGGAUCACAAGCAGACAAGCUCUUAGCUCCACUAUCAGAUAGUGAGGACACAACGUCACACUCUCCUGACACUGAUGAUGAAGACUCUAAAGAUGAUGCAACAUGUCACACUGACAACACUCACUUCAAAUGUUCUCUUUGUGACAAAACCUUCAACUGCAGUAGUGGUCUUUAUAGACACAUGAGAACACACACUGGAGAAAAACCUUUUGUCUGUUCAAUCUGUGGUAAAGGUUUUGCUCAAAGUUCAUGUAUGGAAAAACACAUGAGAACACACACUGGAGAAAAACCUUUUAUCUGUUCAAUCUGCAGUAAAGGUUUUGCACUAAGGCACCAUUUGAAAAGUCACAUGAGAACACACACUGGUGAAAAACCUUUUUGUUGCUCAGAAUGUGGUAAAUGUUUUGUAACAAGUCAGAGUUUGAAGUUACACAUACGAACACACACCGGAGAAAAACCCUUUUCUUGUUUAGAAUGUGGUAAAUGUUUUGUAAAACAUCAGAGUUUGAAAUUACACAUGAGAACACACACUAAAGAAAAACCUUUUUCUUGCUCAGAGUGUGGGAAAUGUUUUGUGGCAAGUCAGAGUUUGAAAUUACACACGAGAACACACACUAAAGAAAAACCUUUUUCUUGCUCAGAGUGUGGUAAAGGUUUUGUACAAAGUCACAGUUUGAAAGAGCACAUGAGAAUACACACUGGUGAAAAACCUUUUUCUUGCUCAGAAUGUGGUAAAGGUUUUGUACAAAGUCACAGUUUGAAAGUGCACAUGAGAACACACACUGGUGAAAAACCUUUUUCUUGCUCAGAAUGUGGUAAAUGUUUUGUAACAAGUAAGGGUAUGAAAUUACACUUGAGAACACACAGUGGAGAAAAACCUUUUUGUUGCUCAGAAUGUGGUAAAUGUUUUGUAAACAGUCAGAGUUUGAAAUCCCACAUGAGAGUACAUACCGGAGAAAAAACUUUUAUCUGUUCAUUCUGUGGUAUAGGUUUUGCACAAAGGUCAGGUGUGGAAAAACACAUGAGAAUACACACUGGAGUAAAACCUUUUAUCUGUUCAAUCUGUAGUAAAGGAUUUGUACAAAGUCACCAUUUGAAAAGACACAUGAGAAUACACACUGGCGAAAAACCCUAUAUCUGUUCAAUCUGUAGUAAAGAUUUUGUACAAAGUCAACAUUUGAAAGUACACAUGAGAACACACACUGAUGAACAAUCCAAACACGCAGAGAGAAAGUGUUGAGUUGCGGUGUGUGUGGUGAAAGAUUCUCUCAUAAGUACCAGUGUGAGAAUCACAAGUGUGCUGAUGAGAACAGCAGCAGCAAAUGAAACUGCAGGAUUUGAAAUAAACUGUCAAGACGUUAAAUUGGACUUUCUAACAACAUCAGCACAUAUAACAUGUGUGACAUUGUCGUUUGUGUAACAAUCUUUUUAAUAUGCUUCUACAUUUAUAGAUUAGAUAUUUCAUAUUAGUGCUUUUUUCAGUCAAGCACAUGCAUUCAUAUGCAACAUAGUGUACUUUUAAUAACAAGUGAGAGUAAACUACAAGACAUAUUUUACAUAAAAUAAGCAUUUUUCAUGUGUAUAUAUAUUCAUAAUACAAUUUUAGACUUUAUUCAUAAUAUUGUUGUUUUUUUUUAGGUGUUUGGAUAAUGGAAGUGUGACAUGUUUUUAUUUGUAAUUGUGAAUGAUCCCAUAGAUUAGCACCUUUAUAUGAUAUACAUAUGUACUGGUUCACAUCUGGACCACUUCAGGAAGCAUAUUAUUUACUUUAUACAUCAUUUGAACAUCCAUCCAUCCAUCCAUUUUCUACCGCUUAUUCCCUUUGGGGUCGCGGUGUGACUUUAUGAAUCAUUUGUUGGGUCUCUAUAAUCAAUUGUAUUAAUUAUCUUUAUCACUCUCUUUUGUAAUAUGAUGAUUGUGUUGUGAUUGUUUUACAUGUAUGUCCCCAGACCUUUAUGCGAUAUAAAAGUGAGAGAAAAUGGCUGAAUUGUUUGUGGAAGGAUGGUUUUGUUUUGACAAACUUACAUUUGUGGAUAAAACAAAAACUCCCAUUAUUUUUGUUUUAAACAUUUUUUGUGUUUUAUUUUCUUUUUUAACCUCCCCAAAACAAUAUCAAUUUCAGAAAACAAGUUUGGAGUGUCAGGCAAUAUUAUUAUUAUUAUUCGCAUCAAGCUAGUACAUUUUUGGAAAAGUGGGGCCUUACUUAACUUAUGCGUUUUUUUGUUAGUCAAUUUCUCUGUUGGCUCUGACAAUUGAAACAUUACCUGGAGGUAGUUUGGCUGAGUCCGCUCUCAGUGCUGCUGGAGUGACCGCCAAGUGCCGAGCCGUGAUGAAGUUAGUUUCAAGUUGUCAACAUCCAGCCAGACUGACUUUUUGUCCCCGGCAUUGAAAACUCAUGCCGCGUCUGUCAGCUCGUGCAGACAAGUGCUUUCCAUUAAGGGACCGUCAAUAAAGUACUUGUCGAUGGCUCAUAGAUAACAUUUCCAUCGUCAGCAGCUUUAGUCAUGUGACCUAGAACCGCAAACCCACAUUCAUAUUGUUUGUUCAUCAUUGCUAUGGCCGGCUUU